UUAAUGGCAUCUUGUUCUCAAAAGUUGAAACUUUUCUCAAAGCUCUGCUGUUGCAUCAUCAUCUUCUUCCUCUUUCACUCCACUUUGGCUUCUACAACCCUAAAAAUGGGGUUCUAUGAAUCAUCUUGUCCUGAUGCUGAGGCCAUCAUCAAGAAUGCUGUAAACCAAGCCAUCUCCCAAAACCCCGGCAUCGCUGCGGGUCUCAUUAGAAUGCACUUCCAUGACUGUUUUGUUAGAGGUUGUGAUGGCUCCGUGUUGCUAAAGUCCACACCCAACAACCUAGCAGAGAGAGAACAUAGAGCAAACUCCCCAAGCUUACGAGGUUUCGAGGUUAUCGACGAAGCCAAGGCCAAAAUUGAGGCUAUUUGUCCCAAUACCGUGUCUUGCGCCGACAUUCUUGCUUUCGCUGCCCGUGACAGUGCAUAUAGAGUUGGAGGUAUCAACUAUGUAGUACCAGCCGGUCGUCGUGAUGGUCGCAUAUCAAUAAAGGAAGAAGCUGGAAGUCUUCCUGGUCCCUCUUUCAACGCCGAGGAGCUGAUCGAGAGCUUCGCCAAGCGAGGGUUGUCGUCAGCAGAGAUGGUGACACUUUCUGGUGCGCACUCCAUUGGAAUAGCUCAUUGCCCUACCUUUUCCAAGAGGCUUUAUAACUUCAACACAACUCAUCCACAAGACCCUUCCAUGGACCCUUCAUAUGCUGCGUACUUGAAAACCAAAUGCCCACCACCGGGUGGCAAUAAUGGCGGUGGAAGCGAACAACCGACGGUGGCGCUCGAGUUCUUCUCCCCGAAUCGUUUGGAUAAUUGGUAUUAUAUUGAGUUGAAGAACCACCGUGGACUGCUGAGCUCCGACCAAACAUUGUUGAGUAGCUCUUCCACUUCAAAAAUGGUGUUGAAUAAUGCUAAGUAUGGCCAUCAAUGGGCUGCUAAAUUUGGAAAGGCAAUGGUUAAAAUGGGCUCCAUUGAUGUUCUGACAGGUUCACAGGGUGAGAUUAGACGCCAUUGCAGCUUUGUUAAUUGA